AUGUCGCCGUCGCAUCUGCAAGAUUACCUCCCUACCGAGCUCGUGGUGGCCAUCACAAACCACCUAGUGCACACUCUCGAGCAGGAGGGGCUUCAACCGAUCCCCCAGCUGAUGGCCCUUGCAAAGACGUGCAGGAGUCUGCAUGACAUCUCCAAACCAAUCAUCGUCGAACGCGUCUUUGUCUGCCUUCGCAAGAUGCAGGUGGAUGGGGUAUUCAAACUGUACCAGGGCCCUGAGCACACACGGGUAGACCUCGACCACAGCAGUGAGCGUCGGGACCCAGAGGGGCUCCUGCGUUGCGCACAUGGUUUCAAGAUACUUUAUGUGCCCAGCCGCAAUUCCUUAUCCAAACCGGAGGAGUCGUGGGCGCUCUGUAAUCUCCUCGUACGGCUCAGGGCUCUCACUGAACUUGCAGUGUGGUUCCCUUCUCAGAGAGCUGCAGACUCUUGGUAUAGAGGCCUAGCUGCCGCCUUCCAAGCCGCUGCGCGACACCCGGAAUCCAUCCUGCGCGUCCGUGGUCCCGGGACUCUCCCAGGUGCAGAUAUGCUACCGUACAAGCAUGAGGUCGUCGAAGUCGCCCAGUGUCCACCAACUCCCCGGUGCUCGUUAGGCUGGUUUCCUCUCCACCUACCGACGCAGCUUGGCUGGUCCUCACGUAGGCCGUCAACUGUAGAGCCCACCCAUCGAAUUAUUUCGACUCUCCAAACCUCCGACUGGGCCCGUCCUGCCAACAUGCAAUGCCAGUAG